GGUGGCGGUGAUGGCGGUUCAACGGGCGUAAAUUGGGGUGGUAAUCAGGGAGGCCAAGGAGGUUUCGGCGGCCAAAGUGGAGGAAGUCAGCAAGGCGGCGACUGGGGCGGACAGAGCGGAGGAGGACAGCAAGGUGGAAGUUGGGGAGGCAGCGGCUCAGGUGCGAAUGCUCCGGAGGUUCAGGAGGAUGGGGACGCGAAGGUGAUGGCCAAGGAGGCUGGAGCGGAAGCGACCGAGGAGGCGGCAGCAGUGGUUCAGGAGGUUGGGGAGGCGACCGAGGAACCAGUGGUGGAUCAGGUUCGUUAA